UUUUAAGUGUAUUUUUGCUUAUUUUAGGAUCUGAUGGAAUGCUGUGAAGAAGGGAAAGCAGAACUCAAGAAAGCCCUGGAUGUGUCUCUCAGCAUUCCCAAGAGAGCCAAUGAUGCCAUGCAUCUCUCCAUGCUGGAAGGAUUUUAUAACAGCAUUAAGACCCAAGGCGAGCUGCUCCUACAGGACUCCUUCAAGGUGUGGGAUUCAAAGAUACCAUUCAAAAUGGGAAAAAGUAGACAACUCUUCCUCUUGGAGAAGUCCUUGGUGUUCUGCAAGGUAGUCAAGGACGACAAGGGGAAGAGCAGGUACAUAUAUCAGAGAAAACUCAAUAUACACGACAUAAAGCUGACAGAGCACCUGAAGGGAGACCCAAGCAAGUUUGCUCUUUCGUUGGGCCGACCACGGACAUCGAGCAAGAUUGUUCUGAAGGCUUCCACUACUGAGAUCAAGAUAGACUGGAUCCAACAUAUCCGGAAGCUGAUACAGGAGCACACCAUCCACCUGGGGGAGACGCUCAAGCAGCGGAGGCGUAUUCCCAAGAGUCGAAGGAAUGGAAAACAUUACCAAGACGAAGGUGAAAGUGAAAGUAAGAUUGAGGCCUGCUACAUUGGAGGACCCUGGCUAUUACCCGGUACAAAGAAAAGUGGGCUUAUCAAAGUGACAUACACAUAGGAAGUUAAAUGAACUGGCACACACGAUCCUCGUUAAAAAAAAAAGAAAAAGAAAAAAAAAAACCA